CAGCUGUACGCUAAUAUAUACAACUCAGCUUAUAUAAACAGAUAGAAAUAACAUUGAGGAAUGAUGGUGAAACAGUUUACAAUUUGGCUUUCGGCGCUAAUUCUUGGGAUUAACAAUUCUUAUGGAAGAAGAUUUGAUUUGAAGUGUGUGACCUCGUGCACCAGCAGUGACGUAGACUCUGUAGCACGUGUUGUGUUUGGCGAGUCCCGGGGGGAGGCGUACAGGGGACAACUAGCGGUCGCUUACAGUGUGGUCAACAGAGUCAAACAUCAGGCAUAUCCUAACACAAUCCAAGAUGUUCUAUCAGCAACCUGGGGCAAUGGAAAACAUCACGAAUACGAAACAUUAGAUCUACCAGGACACGAUAUGGCCUGGGUCAAGGCAAAACGCGAAAAUAACGAUGAAUAUCUGUACGCAUUAAUUGCGGCCAAGGAGGCGAUCUGCGCAUGCGCGGCUGAUCCUACGAGGUGCGCAGUGAGCUUCUGCGCAGGAAACGGAUGUAUUAAAGACAAUCAGUGGUAUAUUGCCACCAACAGAAUGACAAUCGGCAAUCACCAUUUUGCAUGUAGAGUACCUGCCAAUGGUUAGUUGACAGACAACCGAAAAUUAGGUUAUACUUAAAUUCCUGCUUUUUUUUAACAAUUUAUACUAUGCUGAAAAAAAACACUAUAUAAAUGUAAACAGCAUACGAACAUCAACGGGCCACAUUUUGUACGUAAUUGUUUGUGUGUGUAAAUAUGAAAGUAUAUCGUACUG